UGUGUCACUCCUGAUGCGCUUCACUGCCAGGGGAGGGGGUUUUGAAAUAACUCCUGAAUAUUGCCUGAAGGAAAAGGGAAAGAAACGAGGCCGGGAGGAAGAGAACACCCUCACCUGCUGAGCAGGGCAGCUGCAGUCUGGGGCUGACAGACCAUGAAGGAAGAAUAAGGGAAUCCUGAAGCAGCAACAGACUGUUUGCUCCUGGACUUUGUCCAGAGGGACUGUUUGCACAUCAGUGCUCUCUCUUACCAGUGGGACCAUGGAAGAGAAGGAGAUGUCACCCAGUCACACCUCAGAGAGCAGCAUGUUGGACCUCCCCUCUGUCUGUGACCUGGCAGAGCACUUUCUGCCUCCACACAGCUCUGAGAACAGCCAGGAGCUUUAUCCUUCUGGGGAUGUUUUUCCCUCUCCACCCACAGGAGAGAGCAGUCCAUCAUCUGCAGCUCCUGCAGCCUGUUCUGCUGAAGGCCCUCAGGAAGCAAACGUGAGCUGUUACCUAAAAGCAGGGCUGUGUGAGCCCUCUGAACCUAAUGAUGUGCUCUCAUGGAUUCAUGAGCAUGGUGGUGCAGAAGAUCCCAGCAUCAGGGACUCUCUGGAUGGCUUCUACAAAAUGUAUUGCAGACAGCAGCCAGAGAGAGAGGACCCGACCUACGAGGCUGCCUCACGGUGUCUGUCACAGAAGAUGUCAGAGCUGGAGCAAAAAGAUGGGACAAAAUAUGUGUCACGUUGCCUGCAAAUGGCACAGCUGGUCUUGAACAGAGAUGGAUGUAAGAUCUUUCCAAACCACCCCUCUUCUGCUUGCUUCUCAAAGCCAGCUGAAGGAGAAGUCUUGUUGGAAAACAGGAGGAGGACACCCGGACUCUCAGAUGAUGUCUUGCAGUUCCUCUUGGAACAAACACAGGCAGAACGUAGCCCUGAUGUGUCACACGAGAAGUGAGCAAGACACUGCUUUGUUUGUGUCAUGGAGGCUUUGCUUUCACUCCAGAGAGAGGUGAAAUUUCUUGGACAGACAUUGUUCUCCAAGCACCACCUUCAGCACCAGCUGCUCCAUGGAGGGGUUCACUCACACCUUGGUCUCUGAGGGCAUCACUGCUUUAGGAGCACCUGUGCAACUGCCUGGGAUGUGUUGACUG